GUACACACGCUGCCACUCACAAGCAUACACUCUUCGCACUGCCAGCCUUACUGUCACACUGCCAUACAGCCAUUCACAAUCAGCCAGACACUCCUUCACCUGAGAGCAGGUGGCCGCUGGACCCUAUCCUUUCAUUCUCCACACCUGGGGAUCAGGUUCAGCUCCUGCUGCACCGGACAGGCCUUGCUGGGCAAGCGCCUCCGAGAACCUGAGGAGGUGGCUUCCAGAGCUGCAGCUUUCCGAGCAGGCUCCAGUGGAGCAAUCAGAGAAACAAGGAGACCAGUGCCGGUCCAGUGGCUGUGAUGGGAAAGGAUUACUACAAGAUUCUUGGAAUCCCAUCGGGAGCCAACGAGGAUGAAAUCAAGAAAGCCUAUCGGAAGAUGGCUUUGAAGUACCACCCAGACAAGAACAAAGAGCCCAAUGCUGAGGAGAAGUUUAAGGAGAUUGCGGAGGCCUAUGAUGUGCUGAGUGACCCUAAGAAACGGGGCCUGUAUGACCAGUAUGGGGAGGAAGGUCUGAAGACCGGCGGUGGUUCGUCAGGUGGCUCCAGUGGCUCCUUUCACUACACCUUUCAUGGGGACCCCCACGCGACCUUUGCCUCCUUCUUUGGAGGCUCCAACCCCUUCGAUAUCUUCUUUGCCAGCAGUCGCUCUACUCGACCCUUCAGUGGCUUUGACCCAGAUGACAUGGAUGUGGAUGAAGAUGAGGACCCAUUUGGCGCCUUCGGCCGAUUUGGCUUCAAUGGGCUGAGCAGGGGUCCAAGGCGAGCCCCAGAACCACUGUACCCUCGACGCAAGGUGCAGGACCCACCUGUGGUGCAUGAGCUGAGGGUGUCCCUGGAGGAAAUCUACCACGGCUCCACAAAACGCAUGAAGAUCACAAGGCGGCGCCUCAACCCUGAUGGGCGAACUGUGCGCACUGAGGACAAGAUCCUGCACAUUGUCAUCAAGCGUGGCUGGAAGGAAGGCACCAAGAUCACUUUCCCCAAAGAGGGUGAUGCCACACCAGACAACAUCCCUGCCGACAUCGUCUUUGUGCUCAAAGACAAGCCCCACGCACACUUCCGCCGAGAUGGCACCAACGUGCUGUACAGUGCCCUGAUCAGCCUCAAGGAGGCACUGUGUGGCUGCACUGUAAACAUUCCCACCAUUGAUGGCCGAGUGAUCCCUUUGCCCUGCAAUGAUGUCAUCAAGCCAGGCACCGUGAAGAGACUCCGUGGGGAGGGCCUUCCCUUCCCCAAGGUGCCCACCCAGCGGGGAGAUCUCAUUGUCGAGUUCAAAGUUCGCUUCCCAGAUAGAUUAACACCACAGACGCGACAGAUCCUUAAGCAGCACCUACCGUGUUCCUAGGCUCUGCCCCAACCAACCCAGAGUCUACCACAGCAAUACCCCCCACACUCAACCCAUCCAAUGUGCACCCAGCUUGAUGUCCACAGGACACUGGCAACUUUUUCUAAAGUGCAAAAAAGAAAAAAGAAAAAAAGCCACUGGUUAUCAGGAAAAAUGUUCCUGCCCCUGAUCCCUUUCAGAACUGGGCUGCCUUGGGGGAGAGGGAGGGAGGUGGGGAGAGCUAGCCCAGGCCAGGGGUCAAUUUUGAAUCUAGUUCCCACUCCAGUGGCUGGAGAAUGACCUGAGUGUUACUUGAAGAUAUAGAGAUCCCUUGUCCACGCCUGUAAAUAGCAUGUCCUCCUUCCCCUCUCAGCUUUGCUAAUACCUCUUUUUUCCCUUCCCUUCAGCUUCCUCCUAUCGGGGAAAGGGGAGAGAAGAUAAAAAGGACACUGCUUUCCCACCCCAGUCCCACCCCCCACGUCCACAGUGUCAAGGUUAUCACACACAUAUUCAUGCACACAAAGCACACACUUAGAGCUAUGUGUGCCUCUACGGGGUUGAGAUAGGAAGGGAAGGUCGUAACCCAUGAACUGGGCCAUUGAGCACGAGACACUUUUCAUUUGGGGGCAUGGAGGUGAAUGGGGCCCUCAGCAGCCUGUCUGACAGCUCCUCUGCCCAGACCCUGCAGAGCUGGAAGUUCUGUCCUCUCUGCUACUCUCAGGAGUAUGCAAAGGUAGGGAAGGGGAAGAGGGCCUGCCGUAUUAAGGCUAAAAGAUGGAGGGCAGGGUCCAUCUCCCAGCCUUCAUCAGGAAGUGAAAGGGCUUUGGGGUCAGGUGGCAGCUAUUCCCUACAAAGAGAUUCAAGGUCACAGGUUUCUCCCCACACCUCUGAACUCAGGGCCUAGCCACCCCUAAACUUCCAAAUCCCAUUUUUGUGAUAUAUGAAGCUCUUAUUUCUUACCCUUCAUGGAGGCUGCGUGGGGAAUUUCUAGUCCUUUGAUGCCUGUGUGACCCCACCCCACAGUUUAUAAAGGUCAAAUAGUGAAAGAGCUAGGGUACGACUACUUCAGCCAGGUUCUGGGGUGGGGUUUUUAGGUUUUCCCACUUUGACAAGCCCCUGAAUGUUUUUAUAGUAGUUUUUUUGUAUUUUUUUGUAAUGACAGUAUUAUGGAAAAAAAAAUAAAGUAUUUUAAAAAUA